UGUCAUCGCGUUCUUUAGCUUGGUGUGUUUAACACAGGGCGUAUAAGUGAAACUCAAAAUGUUCAUAACGCGACCCCAACACCUAAUGAUUUUCUUUGUUUAUACAGGUUGUUAGGGGAUUAGGUUAUCUUGUAGAAUAUAUAAGAAAGACACUGUAGUCGCAUCGGAAAACGACGUAUCCGACAUUUAAAACGAAGGUUAGCUUGUCACCGAGAAGCUAAUACCUCACGCUAGCCAUGGAGGAGAGGAAGGAGGAGGGGGAAGCGCAAAUCCAAGAGCACGGCCCGGAGCACUGGUUCUCCAAAUGGGAACGGCAGUGUUUAGCCGUGGCUGAACAGGAAGACCCAAAUGAGGAGGAAACAGAACAAAGUCAACAGAAACUGUGGCACCUGUUUCAGAACUCUGCCACGGCGGUAGCACAACUAUACAAAGAUAGAGUAUGUCAGCAACAAGGCCUCUCUCUUUGGGUGCCCUUCCAGAAUGCAGCCACUGCUGUGACGAAUCUGUACAAAGAGAGUAUGGAGGCCCGUCAGCGAAGCUAUGACCUAGGCAUCCAGAUAGGUUGCCAACGCAGGAAUAAGGAGGUGAUUGCAUGGGUUAAGAAACGCAGAAGAACCAUUAGGCGAGAGGAUCUCAUCAGCUUCCUAUGUGGCAAAGUUCCACCUCCACGGACAACUCGUGCUCCACCUAGAGUUUCAGUGGUUUCGUCAAGCCGACCGUCUCCCCCAGAAACAGGAAGCUCAGUGGAGACUGACCUGCAGCCUUUCAGAGAGGCCAUAGCGCUGCAUGGCCUUAGUGGUGCUAUGGCAAGUAUCUCUGUGCGCUCUGGCCCCCCUGGCUCUCCAACUCACCCCGCCCAGUCUCUCGGUCGUCGUAGAAAUGGCCUUCACGACGUAGACCUCAACACCUUCAUUGCCGAGGAGAUGGCGCUCCAUUUGGAUUCCACCGCCAAUCGCAAACGUGGCCCCACCCCCUGUAAUGAUGUCAUCACAGACUCACCCACUCAUAAACGUAACAGGAUGCUCUGAACUUUUCCUUACACCACUAGUCCUGCAUCUGUCCUCUCUCCUUGGAUGCUGACUGGACAGCUGAUGAGGACUGAUGCCUUGGCCAACCAUUGAGAUCUUCCUCUUUUUCCAUUUAGUUGCAAUGAUACAAAUAAAAAAGAAAGUUAACUGUAGACAACGCACUUAUUUCUCCAAUACUUUUCUUUUGUCCCUUGUGGUUUCUCAAAUAUCAUAGUCAAGUUUUUAUUUUCAGAAACAUCUUUUGUAUUCAUGUUUGGACACCGUCAGUCAUUCUGAUCUAGGUGAACACAUGUCUGUUUAGAUCGAUUUGCAGAAUGGUGCAUUUAGAUUUUUUGGCUGGGCUCCUUGGACUAUAUCCACACUAAUACAAUUUUGUCUUAAAAUUUAUAACUUAUUACAUGAACACCAGUGGGCAACAAACGUGAGAGUGACUGUGGAUGUAUUAAAGUGUAAUACUGCAGACGCUGGCUCUGGCAGACAUCUUGACCCAGUUAUGUUUUUUUUCCAAAUGUGAUUACUUCUAGCAAAAAAAUGAUGGCAAUGGCUAAAAUGCAAAAUUGUGGUUUCAGAAUCACAGUUCAAAAACCAUCAGGUGACUUAGCAUCACAGUAGUCUUCUUAAAAAAGGAGGGAAAGUGUUUCAAUUUGGAAGUCUUUGGUUGUGUGGUAAUGUGGACAUACAAAGCUGGAGACUUCACUGCCUCAUUUGGUCAUAUUGCUAAUAGUUUCCUCCCCUGAUUUGUGAUGCCCCCGUCAUGCAACCCCUUCAGCGAGACCACACUGGCAGUAUUCAACACUGAUACUGUUACAGGUGUUUCUGUUCAUGUUGACUCUGCCAGCACUUACUGUCCACUUACUUUAGGAAUUUGGAACAAUUCUCAUGUCCAGUGGUGUUGUCAAGUCACCCAGGUGAUGUGAUAAGCAUUUAAGGAGUGUUGGAGCAUACAGGGACUAUUUCAGACAUUUUGCUAAAACACUUUUGGGCAGUUGUUUUUAGAAUAAGAAUGUAUUGGUGUGGAGAUAGCCUUAGUGCUUUAUAAUCAGUUGAACCUGGCUGUUGCCUACUCUACCAUGUUCUCUUCCCUCCAAUCUAUGUGUCCUCUUCUUCCUCUGGAGUGCUGGCCAAAACCAGAGUGGACUGAGGGUUAGGGCUGCUCAGGAGGCGAACCGCCACCCUGCUGUUGUAGCUCAACUCCAAGGACACUCGUCGGCGUGUGUAUCUCAUUCUGCUGCUGCUCCGUGUGUUUGCGUGUCUGACAGCAGCACUGCCACUUAACUGUGUUGUACUCGUCUUUUGCCUUUGAGAAAGCUGCUACAGUAUCUCUGGUUGUUGUGCAAAAAGUGUGUAUGUGUGCGUGUUUGUGGGAGCGCUUGUGAAUGCGAGGUUCUAGCAAAUUCACCACCCACUUGAGUGAAUUAUUUCCCUGUUUUACUUAAAUUCAUUCUUUUUUUUUUUUUUUUCCAGUUGCUUUUUACAGCUUAAACCAAGGUUUUAUCACAAAGCAGGUCUAACACAGAUACUUGUGACAAUUUUUCAACUGACACUAGUGAGCUGAUGAGAUCCAGAUGUAUUUUCAUCAAACUUUGCCUCCAUCCUUAACUGCAGUUAUCCAGUUGCACUGUUGCACUCUGUAUUUUCACGUUUACAGAUAAUCCACUUGUACACUAUUUCCUGUCUGCACAAGAAUAGGUUUUACUGAAUACUGACUCAGAUACAGUAUUUCAGUGCUUGCAUUCAAUCUAUUUAAUGUUUACACAGUUGUCAUUUUGUCUUUUGAGGGUAAGGAUUUGUAGCACUUGUGAUUAAGCAUUAAUCAUACAAAUUAAAGGGGUCUCAUGUCGCUGAACCUUUUUAGCUGGAAGGAGCUGAUGCCUGUAAUAUUUUAUUAUUUUGUCUAGCCAGCUCAUGGACAAUGAUGGUUCAGUGAGGCGCGGCACAGAUACUGUCAUUUCCUGUCAUUAGUGAGUGAAAUGCUAAUUUCACACACUGCUUUGUGAUACAAUCUUGUGUAAUGUGUGUAAAUAACAUGUAGGUGGUGCUGUUAUAUGUGGUACAUAUUGUAAAAAGAAGUGCGAAUCCAUUGGGAUGCCCAUGUACAAUAUGAUUCUGACAUUAAAGAAAAUACAAGUGUUUA